ACAAAUUGACCCCAAGUCAACGAAAUACAAAAAUAAAAAGUAUUUUUAUGAACACCCAUGUCAUUACUUUAUAAAGGAGUGAAGAAAAUUGAAACCAUACCAAUCAAAUACCUUAUAUUUAGUUUUAUCUUGCACACAUUACUGAAAAAUUAAAGCUUCAAACAUGAACACUACAAAUAAUGGAGAGCGAUUGAAUGCUGCAGCUGAAGCAGGUGAUAUAGAUCUCCUCUACACAGUAAUUCAAGAUGAUCCAUACAUUUUGGAGCAUAUAGAUUCAAUACCAUUUGUUGAAACUCCUUUACAUAUUGCUGCAUCCAUGGGUCAUAUUGACUUUGCCAUUGAAAUUAUGAAUUUGAAACCUUCAUUUGCUUUGAAGUUAAAUCCACAAGGAUUCAGCCCCAUCCAUCUCGCAAUGCAAAAGAACAAAAAACGUAUGGUGUAUCACUUUGUGAGCAUCAAUAAAGACCUUGUUAGAGUUAGAGGAAGAGAAGGCAUAACUCCUCUUCAUUUUGCAUGUCAAAAUGGUGAGGUUCAAAUGUUAGCUUACUUUCUCCGUUUGUGUCCGGAAUCAAUUGAAUACUUGACUGUGAGGCGCGAGACUGCACUCCAUAUUUCUGUUAAAAAUGAACAAUAUGAGGCCCUUCAAGUACUUGUUAGCUGGCUCAAAAAAAAUACACAGAGAGGGGCUCAAAAGCUGGAAAAUAAAAUAUUAAACCAAAGGGAUAAGGCAAGCAACACAAUUUUGCAUAUUUCAGCACUAAGUAGUGACCCGCAGGCACUUCUAUUGUUGGUAAGUACUGGUAUAGAUUUGAAGGCAAAGAAUAGUGAGAACAAAACCGCAUUAGACAUAGCAAGCACGCCAGAGAUCAAGAGUAUAUUAUUAAGUGUUGGAACAAAACCUAGCUCAGAAGUCACUGAUUAUCCCACAUGUGAUCAUAGAAUAAGAUCAAAGAUCACAACUAUAGGUGCUGUGACAAUUUAUAUAAAUCGCAUUAGAGGAGAUAUAUCAGAGGAGCAACGUAACACUUGGUUGAUAGUUGCGACUCUUGUUGCGACUGCCAUCUAUCAAUCAGGAUUGAGUCCCCCUGGUGGAAUUUAUCAGGUUAGUGCUGGUGACACUAACACGAACAUCACUUCCUCCAAUUUUACCAUUUCUGCCCCAGGAAAUGCUGGGAAAUCAGUCUUGUCAGGUUAUGAAUUCUUUUUGUUUUUAUUUAUUAAUAUGUAUUCCUUUUCUGUAUCAAUUUUAGCGAUAUUUAUUAUGUUACCAUAUGGAAAAAUAUGCUUUCUAGUGGGUUCUCCAAUGGGUUGGUUUACCGCUAGUUAUUUAUUUUCUAUGUGGAGGAUAUCCCCUACACAUGUCAAUUCCGUGAUUUUAUUCGUCCUUUUUGGUUCAAUUCUGUUACCCAUGGUGAUUGACGUCAUUGUUGGAGUGUACAGACGGUCACGGCUUAAACACAGAAUUGCUAAGAUAUUUAAUAUGAUAGUCAAAGCAUUGUUUCAAUAGGAGAAACAUCAACAAAGGUUAUGGACAUUGGUCAUAUAGAUGAUGACUGCUAAGAUCUCUGUGACUCAAACCACUUAUGACCGAAUUCACAACCAAUAAUAUCGAUCUCAACGUUGAUUUGUAAUUUUACUUGUCAUUGUUAUCUUUGUUUCUGUUCAACCUUAGCAAAUAGUGAAUCAAUGUGUUAAAUAUUAAAUCAUAUCAUGUAUUUUAUUGAAUGC